CAGGAUCGAUGCGAAUUGGAUUAAAUUUCGUGGAAAUAGCGAUACAAAACCAAAUUGAUUUCUUUUCGUUAGCACAAAACGUGACUAACUUUUUGCGUCAAAAGAAUCGAUCCGGUAUAGCCGACGUCUACGUAUAAAGGCGUCGCAACGCCUCAAUAUCCCUCAGUUAUCAUUUCAGCACCUUACAGCUAUAAUUUCGGCGGUUUUAAUGUUUUAGAGUUAAAUUUGUUCAGAUGUCAGUCAUAAUGAGAUUAAUAUCAUCAUUAAACUGGUGUUCUUAUAAACAUUUAAAAAAUUCUAGUUACCACUACCAGACUGUGUUAUUAAUUAAUAACGAAUUUUAAGUGUUUGUGAAGUGACAAAAUAAAUAAACACUUAAAAUUAAUAAUUGUGCGAAAUUGUGAAAUAUCUGUGUAAUACACGUGUGAGUAAUAACGAGUUCCUCGACCGGAAGAGUGGGGGAAAUUUUGUAGAAAGUAUUUCUAGACGAUCUCAGAUUAAAAUUGUAGCAGUUUCACUGGAAUAUCAGCUGACAACAAGAAAACACUUCAAAGAACAUCGUGGUUUUUUAUUUUUUUUAUUAAUUGGGCCCUUAUUGUAUGGAGCGUGAAAAACCAUUGUUACCAACAAAAUCAGUGCAGGCAGCCACGGAUCAUGCCGCCGUGCACAAGUCUAGGGCUUCGGGCCUGCAGCCGUUCGCGAUUUUCCUCAGCCCCGAGGAGGAGCUGUGCAGCCCCACCGUCGGCCGUUGGGGCUGCGAAUGGCCCAGGCCCAAAAAAGGGCCCCGCAAAAGAGGGGGCCCCGCUGAAAAUUACGGCGAUGUAGGGGAGCUCAUAGAGAGGACGCAGCGACAGGGCCCUUGGCCUCUGGAUCAUCCGCUACCCUUGCCUAGGUGGUCCGAUGAAAAAACGAAGUAUUACAAAUUGGGAUCUGUGAGCGAAUUCCAAGAGAUGGCCACAAAAAUAGAGCUGCAACUUCAAAGAGUUCUAGAAGAACAAAACUACAACACCGUGGGCAACUUCCUGACUUUCUAUGAAGCAUACAAAGAAAACCCUAUAAAAAACGUUAUGGAUUUUUAUCAAUGCUAUUCACCUAAAAUUACCCCACAAAAUUACUCUUGCGUUGGAUUGGCUUUCGAGUUAUGGUUUAGACUGCAAAAAUUAGAAAAUUUGUACCCUGAGUUGGCAAAAUUUUUAUGUGUUGUUUCAUGCGAGGAGAAUAUUGAGAGCAUUUACGAGUAUUCUUCGAGAUUGGACACAGCUUCAAGCUCUAUAGAAAAGGAGCAUGUAUUAGUUUGCCUUAAGUUUGACAUCAAUGGAAGAAAGGGUGUUUUACUGUGCGACCCGGGUUACCACGUUGCCAGAGUUGUCACUGUGAUGUAUGACAAGGCUUUUCCUAAUACAGGAUGGUUUAUACAAUCUGAAGAGAACAAUAUCAGGAAGGAAUACAACUAUCAAAUAUCACCAUACAGUGAUAGAUUUGUAGAGUGGAAUGAAAGGACUACAAAAGGCUCUCAAAUCGACAUAUUUACAGGACUAAUUUACGUGGAAAGGCCCUAUAUAACAGCUGUCGACGUAACAGACAGAAGGAAUAUUGUCUAUAAUUUUAAAUCCUUAUUAAGUAGAGAUCAAAAGGGUCACCUAAUAGCAGGUUUAUAUUUUAAAGUUAAAGAAGGAUCUGACGAAUUCACCAUUUUUUAUCAGGAUAUGGGAAAACAACGCGUAAAAAUGAACUUUUCAUCGUUUUUAACACCAGAGGUAAGAAAGUUGAAAAGCAAUUUGCAAAAAAAAUCGUUAAAAUUGCUUUAUAAAUAACAAAGUUAAAUUAUUACAUUUUGAAGUCCAUUAUAGGGCUGUUUUAAAAUGGCUGUAACAACUACAGUUUUGGUGCAAUGUUGAUAAAAUUUUGAAUGUUUACAAAAGAAAACACGCUUUUUUUAAUGCCCCUAUUAUAUACCACCCAUAUAAUAA